AUGCCAAGUGUACCUUUACCGUAUACCGGGUGGUCACAUUUGAAAAAUCUGAAGUUAGCUGAUCCGGACUUUCAUACGCCCCAGCCUGUUGAAAUGUUACUAGGAGCGGAUAUACUAUCCCACGUGUUACUAGGCAACACUAUCGUAGGCCCGCCGGGCACGCCGAUCGCUAUGAAUAGUGUGUUCGGUUAUUUACUUUUAGGCAAAUUAGAUUUAGAUUCUUCUGUUCCAACUUCAUUUCAAGUGUGUUUUAGCUCGUUUGACAACGACAACCUUCAGAGAUUUUGGGAGCUGGAAUCAAUACCAGAGAAACGGAGUUACACUCCAGAUGAGGAGUUGUGCGAAUCCUUUUUUCAAAAGACGCACACUCGUAAUGCGGACGGGCGAUACGUGGUCGCCCUCCCGUUUAAGCCCGACGCACCGUCUCUCGGCGAGUCGCGGUCCAUUGCGCUAGCUCGGUUUCAUAAACUAGAAUAUCGGUUAGAACGCAACCUCAAGUUGAAGGCUGAUUACCACGCUUGUCUCCAGGAAUACGUAGACCUCAACCACAUGGAGCUCGUCGAUGAUCAACCUUCAGUUAGUGAAAGUUAUUACAUUCCGCACCACUGCGUGGUCAAAGAAUCGAGUGAGUCGACGCCUACACGUGUGGUGUACGACGCCGGUUGUCGCUCAACUAGUGGGUAUUCGCUCAAUGACGUUUUACUAACGGGUCCUAAGCUUCACAUGGACAUAGUGGACGUCCUUCUUAAAUUUCGUGUCCAUUCAAUCGCGCUUACUGCCGACAUAAAACAAAUGUAUCGUAAUAUACUUGUUCGUGAAAGUGACACAGAUUUUCAGCGUAUUGUGUGGCGCACAUCACCAGAGCAAACUAUUCGUGACUACCGUUUGCGUACAGUCACAUUCGGUGUGAAAUCGUCACCUUACCUCGCUCUGCGUACAAUAAAACAACUCGCUCAAGAUGAGGCCGAGCGGUUCAAACUCGCGUCGCCCGUUUUACUUAACGAUGUUUUCGUCGACGACGUCGUAUCUGGCGAGGACUCUGAAGUCAGCGCACUCGCGCUACAACAAGAGCUGAUAGGUAUUUGUGGGGCGGCUGGGUUUGAAUUGCGCAAAUGGCACAGCAACUCGCCAGCGUUACUCGCUGCGGUGCUGCCAUCAGAGUCUCAUGGUGAGCGGCCGGAGAACGUUCUCUUCGCUGAAAUGGAGAUCGACAAAAAGGUUAAGGUUCUGGGCUUACAGUGGAACCCUAAAUCUGAUUCAUUCAAUUUUAAAGUCCAAGUUUCAUCGAUUAAGUGUACAAAGCGUGUCAUUCUUUCAGAAAUAGCAAAAAUAUACGACCCCCUCGGGCUAUUAUCACCGGUCACAUUGUUUGCCAAACAUUUGAUUCAACUCUUAUGGAUAGCCAAAGUCGAUUGGGAUGAGACGCCGCCUGUUGACAUAGUAAAUUCGUGGUCUUCUUUCGUUGACGAGCUCCCACUCAUCUCACAAAUCUCAUUUCCGCGUUAUAUAUUUAACAAUACCAAUCCCGAACCGAUACAAAUUCACGGUUUUGCUGACGCUUCCGAGAAGGGUUUCGGAGCAUGUGUAUAUAUUCGUUACAAAGAUCAAGAAGAUUUCAUUCAAACUCACCUGAUUAUAGCCAAAACUCGCGUCGCACCGUUGAGUGUGCGUCUCACUAUUCCUCGCCUCGAACUAAUGGCGGCAGUCCUCUUAUCUAAAUUAAUUGAAAAGGUAAUGCUCACUUACAGUGGUCGUGUUCGCUUCGACCAGGUCUACGCUUGGUCCGACGCAUCCAUCGUGCUAGCAUGGCUACACUCAUCUCCGCACGAAUGGAAAACCUUCGUUUCGAACCGUGUCAGUGAGAUUUUGCGCCGCAUACCCGCGGACCGCUGGCGCCACGUCCCGUCGGCCGACAAUCCCGCCGACGCUGCGUCUCGUGGCCUUUUGCCCGCCGCGCUCGUACAGCAUGACUUAUGGUACCACGGACCCUCGUGGCUACAUCUGGGUCAGAACUCCUGGCCGAUUCAAAAUCCCGUAAGAGACACGUGCGAAGAAAAACGCAACGUAUCGCGCAUACAUCGCUGCGUGCAGUGCUUCCGCGCGCGCCCGCCGCACAAUCAACCGCGCAUGGGACCACUCCCAGCAGUUCGUGUUCGCCCCGCGCGACCGUUUCUAAAGACCGUGGUAGAUUUUGCUGGUCCAUUUUACGUGCGCGCCAAUAAGGUGCGUAAUGCAAAAAUUAUAAAAUGUUACGUGUCGGUUUUCGUGUGUAUGAGCGUUAAAGCGAUACACCUCGAAUUAGUUUCAGAGCUUUCCACAGAAGCCUUUAUAGCAGCCCUGCGACGUUUCACGUCCCGUCGUGGUUUAUGCACCGAUAUUUAUUCAGACUGUGGAAAGAACUUUGUCGGCACUUUUGGAAGAGAUGGAGCAAAGAAUAUCUCCACGAACUUCAGCAAAGUAACAAGUGGCUUCAGGACAAGGGCGUCGCCCUUCGUGAAGGCACUGUUGUGGUGGUAUGCGACGACCGCUUGCCGCCGGCAAUGGAGGUUGGCGCGCAUCCACGAACUUCAUCCCGGCUCGGACAAUAUCACACGAGUUGUAACCAUUAAAAUGGGAAAUUCCCUUUAUAAACGACCCGUGGUUAAAAUAUGUCCUCUUCCCUUGGAGUAG